AUGUUUACGAUUAAUCCAACAAUGAUUGCAUCUGAAAAUACUAGUCACUUUUAUCAUCAACAGCAACAUCAAAACAGUAAUAAUAAUAAUAUUGAUGUUAGAGUAUUAGAUACAACUACGAUUCCAGCCAAUUCCAAAUUACUAUAUAAUACCAAUCAUCCAGAUAUCAAUAGUGCCUAUACAUCGACUAUUCUUUCACCUGUUCUUUCACCCAUUCAUUUGACACCUCUCCCACCAAUAACAACAACAACAACAACAACAACUAUACCAACAAUGAGUAAAAAGAGGCCAAUUGAUUCAUUGGAUGAUGGUUAUUCCGAAGAUAUCAAACAAGAAGAAGAACUCAUGCCAUCAGCAGAUGGAUUUACAACAAAUGAUGAUUUAAUGUCUCUUAUGACUUUUUUAGAAAUUGGUGGAAAUAAUGGAGGAUAA